AUGGUCUUAGAGCGCUACAAGGUUCUCGCGAGGAACGUCACACGGCGCGUGGAGAGCCUCGAGCGCGCGGUGCUGACCUUGCGGGAACGGAGGCGUCAAGAAGGUGAGGCGGAACGAGCGGCCGAACGAGCACAAGUAGGUGAGACUGCGACCAAGGCUCCAACAGGGACCGAGGCGUCCACCGACGCGGCAGCGACGCCUGUAGUCGAAGGCGGCGAAGGCAACGGGGAGGACAAAGAUCCCCAGGCGGCGCCUCCCGAGCCGGUGGAUGGCGGUGGUGAGGCAGAGGUGCCUUUCCAGUUCCCCGACAUCGAUGAGGAUCCAGAGGAGACCGAGGAAGAGAGGGCCAAGCGACAGGAGGCCGAAGAAAAGCAGCAGAGAGAGAUGAUCCUCUUCAACGAAAGCAAUGGGACGUACCGCCGCUGGCGUGGAGACUUCCGCUGCGGAAGCCGCGUCCCGCCGCUGCCGGAUGGCGAG